AUGGUCGCCAAGCUCACCUUCUUUGCGGGGAAACUGGCCGAUACUACUAAUCCUCCACUAGGCGAAUGCAUGCAGGUGGUCAACGAAGCCAUUAGCAGGGCCAAGGAGGCGUUGGCAAAGCUCGACCGCCUUGAUGCCAUAGGAGACGACAAGGUGGAUGCGGAGAAUCCGGAUCUAGUUGACGUGACGAACUGGAUCAUGGGUGUGAAUGAUAAUUUUGCCCAGAAGUGCCAGGAUUGUGGUAGCUAUGCCAGCGCUAUAGCUGUAACACAGACAUACUUGUCUAUCGCCGAUGCACUUGUCAUUUCUGCCAGGCCAUAUUGGGACAAUAGUCUUCCCUCUCCGGACGGAUCAGGUCCAUAA